AUGAACGCUCUUCAGCUACGCGCUAUUCCUCGAGUCUCGCCCGCAUCCCUUGGCCUCCGCCCCUCCCCCCACACACAGAUCACUCGGUUCUACGCCACGCAGAGUAACCUAGGCACUGGUCCUAAAACUACUUCGUCAAGGAAAAAGAGCAUUACAGUCUUGUCGGAUGAUGGGCGCGUCCAGUGGGGUGAUUUGAGUAGGGGAGAAAAGGUUGCGCGGACAACGCAGCAGUCCUUUAACUUCAUUAUCGUGCUGGCCGGUGCAGUACUGACAGGCGGAGUCUUCACACUUUUCUAUCUCGAGGUGAUCUCACCAAACAGUCGAACAUGGCAAUUUGAGAAAGCAGUUUCGCGCAUUAAAGAUGACCCUCAAUGCAUAAAGUUGCUCGGUGAUCGGAGAGAGAUUCAAGCAUAUGGCGAGAAUACCCGCAGCAGAUGGGCUCGGAACAGACCUAUUGCAUCAAGGACCGAAAAGGAUCGUUUAGGUCGUGAACACCUUCACAUGCACUUCCAUGUCGAGGGUCCUCUCAACUCUGGCGUGGUUGUCGUUCACAUGAUGAAGCCUCUGGACAAGAGCAAUUUCGAGUACCAGCUUCUUGCGCUGGAUGUCAAGGGUCAUUCUCGCGUCAUUCUUGAAAAAGCUUCAGAGAAGCCAAAUGUGACUAGUGCCUUGAAGCUCUUUGGUAUUCAAUGGCGCUAA